CAAAAGCAAGAGAAGGCGGAAACAGUCAUCAUGGCAAGCGUAAAUGUCAAUCGCAAUGUCAGCGAUGCCUUCUAUCGCUAUAAGAUGCCGCGCAUCCAGGCCAAGGUGGAAGGUAAAGGAAACGGCAUCAAAACAGUAAUAGUCAAUAUGGUGGAUGUGGCUAAGGCGAUUGGUCGUCCGGCCACAUAUCCGACCAAAUAUUUCGGCUGCGAACUAGGCGCACAGACUCAAUUUGAUUUCAAGAACGAGCGCUUCAUCGUCAACGGAUCGCAUGAUGCUACGAAAUUACAGGAUUUGCUGGAUGGUUUUAUUCGGAAAUAUGUUCUAUGUCCGGCUUGUGAUAAUCCGGAAACUGAGCUGAUGGUCAGUUCGAAGAAGGGCACGAUCUCGCAAGGCUGCAAAGCUUGUGGGCAUCAUGGCCUUUUGGAAAGCAAUCAUAAGCUGAACACCUACAUUUUGAAAAACCCACCGAGUCUGAAUCCAGCGGUACAAGGCAGUUCGUUGACGGAAGGUAAACGUGGCAAACGCUCUAAACGUGCCAAUGGCGAUACCGGAGCCACAACCGCAACCGUUGCUGCCACUACUAAUGGCAACGAUCGAUCUUGCUCGCCGGAAAACGAGGUCAACAAUUCCUCAGAUAUUGUAGUGGAGCCUCCGCCGGAAAGAACAAUCAGCAACAACGAGGAUGAUGAUAAAUGGGCGGUUGAUGUGUCCGAAGAAGCGGUCAGAGCUCGUCUCCAAGAUCUGACAGAUGGUGCGAAGGGCAUGACUAUCAGCGAUGAUUUAGACAAGAGUGAAAAGGAGCGCAUGGAUAUGUUCUACAAGUUGGUUAAGUGCCGCCGAGAUGCUGGCCAGUUGGAUAACAAUCACAAGGAGCUUGUAGCUGAAGCCGAACGUCUCGAAAUCAAAACCAAGGCGCCGUUAAUCCUCGCUGAAUUAUUAUUUGAUCAGGCAAUCGCCGCACAGGCGAAGAAAUAUCGUGUAUUGUUGUUGCGUUUUACUCAUGAUGACAUCAGAGCACAGAAAUAUUUGAUCAGAGGUAUUGAACAAGUUAUCGCAUUGCAUAAGGAUACUCUGAUGCCGAAGGUUCCCGGAAUUCUCAAGUUAUUUUAUGAUGCUGAUAUCCUGGAGGAAAAAGCAUUUGAUGAAUGGUCAAGCAAAGUCAGUAAAAAAUACGUUUCAAAGGAUCUGUCGCAGGAGAUUCACGAUCGAGCUGCACCAUUUUUAACAUGGUUAAAAGUCGCAGAGGAGGAAGAGUCUGAGUCUGAGGAAGAAGAUGACGACUUAGAAAUUGAAUACGAUGAUAGAGCCAAACAAGAAUCUCUGAAACAGCAGCAACCAGCAGUUACACCGAAGCCCGCCACCACAGCUACCGCCGCCGUAAAAGAUGAUUCUGAUGAAGAUGACUUCGAUAUUGAUGCCAUUUAAAGCACAUACACAAUACAAUCUACACACAUAAUACAAUACAUAUAUACACAUACAUGCGCAAUGGAUGAUGAAAAAUAUUGAUUCGAUACGUAAUACAAGACAAAUAGUCAUUUUUCUCUCAAAAAAAAAAAA